AUGCGUCGAUCUCACGUGGGCGAGGCGCAGCGCCGUCAGGCGUUGGCAGAGCGGCGCUUCCGUGGGCACCGCAUCCGCCGCGGGCUCGAAGAGCUUGGCGACCUCGAUGCUCCCAAGAAGCGCAAAGAGCGCAGUGACGGCGUGGCAGCGCUCACGGAGACCGGCGACGCGUCGCCCGCCGAGCGGGCCACCACCGCAACGGCUCUCGACGACUGCACCACGGACAGCGCCACCGCCGCGGCUCGAACCACUCCUGCCAUCUUCUCUACCGUUUUCGGCGCGGACUGGGGUGAGUGGGCGGAGGUGAAGCGCGUGGUGUUUGAUAUGAACGCCACAGCGGCUGAGAAGCGGAGUGCGUUGGAGACCAUCCAUGUGUGGCGCCACCGUGCACGCAAGGAGCGCGAGUUGCCGGCCUACGUGGAGUCGACGGAGGUGCUGUUGGAUGCGAUGCUGCAAGAUGAGGAGGACGCGCUGAAAGAUGGACCACUGCGCAUGUGCUACGGCGCCGCCAUUUCGCGCGUCGUGCAUGUCAUGACCGGCUCCUUUGCGAGCGGCGCCGCCGACACGUAUCGCAAGCGCGCGAGCGAGAUCGGCUUCCCUGAGGAGGCGGUGGAGGUUCGUCAGCGUGUGGCGCACGGGGCACUGCCGCUGACGUCGGAGUUGCGGUGGGUCUGCGGCUUGGUGCUGCAGUUUUUGUUCACGCAGUACUGGCUAGAGCAGGAGCGGCAGGUGUAUCUCAUGCAACAGGAACAGGGCACCUCCUUGUCCGAAGCCAGCGCACUCCGUAAACCACGACAGCGGCAGCCGGCGAGAGCGAGCACAGCGACACUAGCGGUGGAGACAAGUGUGUCUGCAGCCUCUCUACCACCGCCAUCCGUCACCAUAGACGACAUGAAGGCACUUCUGCACGACCUCGAAAGCGAUGCGGACGGCGACGGCGAAAGCACCGAGGGCGGCGGUGUGGCAGACAAGGGCAACGAGGCUGCACCCGUCACGCUAUCCCCUGCCGGUCCUGCCCCGACGGCCGAAGGCGCAGCCAGGCGAGAUACGUCCUCUGGUGCUUCCACUGCCACCAUCGCAGGCUGGCGUCUGUCGUGA